AUGUUGAACCCCAAUUCUAGGGUUCUUCUUCUCCUUUUCAUCUCUUCAAUAUUCUUCGCUUGUUUUCCAGGAUUGACGUCCUGUGCUGUUGUGUCGCUGAAAUCAAUUGAGGUUUUUAAAACGCACGAGUGGCUGAAAGUCACUACAACUGUGUAUUUCCUGUGCAAAGGGGAAAACAAGACCGUGCUUCCAGAUGUCAAGAAAUCAAAUGCCUUGUAUGCUUUCAACGGUGAAGAAUCUUGGCAGCCUUUAAGUAACUUUUCAAGUAAAAAAUGCAAGCGGUGUGGAUUCUAUGAGGAGGACAGCAUUACUUCGGAUGAUGUAUUUGACGAAUGGGAGUUUUGUCCAUCUGACUUUACUGCACCCAAUGGUGAAUAUAUUCGGUUCAAGGAAAAGGAAUUCAAUGCUACUUUUCUGUGCUCAGAGUGCUUAUCACUUGCCAGUGUUGAUGAGCAUGAUGAUGGAAAAGGAAUGCAUAUAGCCGUUGUGGUUUUGUUGAGUGCUUUGGUUUCAAUUAUACUGAGUCUAGGAGUGGUGGGUGCAUAUAAGUUUUGGCAAAAGAAGAUAAGGGAACAAGACCAGGCUCGGCUUUUGAAGUUAUUUGAAGAUGACGAUGACAUUGGGGAUGAGCUGGGUCUGGGUACUGUAAUAUGA